AUGCUGCAAUAUAGGCAAAGGACUAGGGCUCCAUCAUUGUCAUUCUUCAUAGAAGGAUCUCGAAGGCUUCGAGGAGAUGAAGACAGAUUUAGAUUCAAUAGAGACUCCUUCAGCUAUCAGUUGAAUUCUGAGAGCAAUUAUGUUUACUACAUUGAAGAUGAAGAUGAUGAUUUAGAGGAAAUAAAAUGGGCAGAAAAAGAAGAGAAACGAUUGGAUGGAUGGAAGAGGCAAUUCAUUUCAACACAUGACCGUGGAUUCUCUGAAGAUGAAGACACACGCCUGCUUUCACCUUCUUUUUUCAGAAAGUCUCAGAACAGUUUGCUGCAUAUCAAUGUUGGUGGUACAAGUUAUUAUAUAUCCUACAUGGUAGCGGCUAGUUAUCCUAAGACUCGCAUAGGUCGCUUGGCGACAUAUACUGACCGACAGCGCAAACUAGACCUAUGUGAUGAUUACAAUCCAAUUGAAGAUGUCUAUUUCUUUGAUCGUGAUCCAGCUAUAUUCCAUCAUAUCUAUAAUUUUUAUCGCACUGGUGUGUUAUCAAUAAGAAAUGAGUUGUGCCCCCGCAGCUUCCUAGAGGAAAUUAAUUAUUGGGGAGUAAGAAUAAAGCAAACUCCCCGCUGCUGUCGUAUAUCAUUUGAAGAAAGGCAGGAUGAGCUGAAUGAGCAGCUGAAGAUCCAAAGAGAGCUCAAAGCUGAAAUGGAAACCGAGGAGAAUGAAGAGCUUUUCAGAGGCAUGCUUUAUGGACCCUUGAGACGCCGUAUUUGGAACUUGAUGGAAAAACCCUUUUCUUCUAUUACAGCUAAGGCCAUGGCAGUGGCAUCUAGCUUUUUUGUUCUUAUUUCUGUUGUGGCAAUGACCCUUAAUACAGUUGAAGAUCUGCAAUACAAAAAUUCAGUUGGGAUUGCGAAUGGUAGACCUUACUUGGAGCAUGUGGAAACCUUGUGCAUAGCAUUCUUUACACUGGAGUAUUUGCUUCGUAUUAUCUCAACACCAGAUAUACAGCAUUUUGUGCGCAGUGUUCUUAAUGCCGUAGACUUGAUAGCAAUACUGCCACUGUAUUUGCAAUUAAUCAUUGAGAACCUUUCAGAGGAAGAUGAUAAUGGUAAAAGGUCUAGUCAUGAACAAGAGAUAGAGGCUGUGGGACGAGUUGGAAAACUUGGACAAGUCCUUAGGAUAAUGAGACUGAUGCGCAUUUUCCGCAUCCUUAAGUUGGCACGUCAUUCCACAGGGCUUAGAGCUUUUGGAUUUACCCUUCGUCAAUGCUACCAACAAGUGGGAUGUCUACUACUCUUUAUUGCCAUGGGCGUUUUUUCAUUUUCUGCUAUGGUUUAUACUGUUGAACAUGAUGUCUCGGGCACUAACUUCACCAGUAUUCCUCAUGCCUGGUGGUGGGCAGCAGUCAGCAUCUCUACAGUAGGAUAUGGAGACACCUACCCAGAAACCCCCCUUGGCCGGAUUUUUGCUUUCUUAUGCAUAGCUUUUGGGAUCAUUUUAAAUGGGAUGCCCAUUUCUAUUCUGUAUAAUAAAUUUUCAGAUUAUUACAGCAAACUAAAAUCAUAUGAAUAUACCACCAUUCGGAAGAAAAGAGGAAAAGUUCAUUUUACAGGUCGAGCGAUGAAGAAGAUCUCAGAAUGUUAUACAGGAGUGCCAACACAAUUCAUCCCAGAACAGCACUAA